UCUCCAUGAAAAAAGUAUACCUGGUUUGUAGAUGGAAAGUGAACAGGGCUCAUUCAAAAGAUAUGAUAAGCCAGUUACCUGAUCAUUUGAUAUGUCACAUACUCUCUCUUCUCUCCACAAAGGAAGCUGUGAAGACAAGCGUUUUAUCUACUAGAUGGAGGCAACUCUGGCUUUGGCUUCCUAGUUUGGAGUUGAAAUCCCGAGAUUUCUCAGAUUUUAAUAACUUUAUGAGUUUUGGCUACAGGUUUUUCGACUCUAAUAGAGUUUCAUGCAAACACAAACUCAAGUUAACUAUUCAUAGAAACGAAGACGGUGUAAAAGAUGCCUAUUAUCUCACGCCAUGGUUAAAAGCUGCGGUUAAGCAUAAGAUCCAACAUCUUCAUGUCCAUUCUUAUUCUUACGCAGACCAUCGGUUUCAUAAAAUGCCACAAAGACUUUAUACAUGUCAUACACUCGUAUGCUUAAAACUCUUUCAGGUGACAUUGGACGAUGCCGGGUUUGUUUUCUUACCUAAACUGAAGACUAUGCAUUUAGAAUAUGUCAAAUUUCCCAACGAGGCCACUUUCGAAACUCUUGUCUUAUGCUGCCCGGUUCUGGAAGAUUUAAAGAUUUUUGUAGCUAAUGAUGAUGGAAAAGUCUUUCGUGUGCAUUCUCUGUCGCUGAAGAGGCUCACUUUCGAACGAGUUUCUUCGUUUUUCAGUGAUUCCGCAGGAGUUGUGAUUGAUGCUCCUCGGCUAUGCUUUUUGAAAAUCAAUGAUAACGUAUCAAAAAGAUUCAUUGUGGACAGUUUGGAUUCCAAUACCAUAUUAGAUAUGUCUUUAGUCUUUGGUUUGGAAGAGGUUGAUAAAACUAAUUGGGACGAGUUUGAUGAUGGAGCUGUUUUGGGCGAGUUUGAUGAAUCAAUCGUUUCACCGAUGAGAAGUAGUAUCUCCGAUUUUCUCAGUGGGAUUUCAAGGGUCUCCGAUAUGAGUAUAUGUGCACGCACGUUCAAGCUCCUCUAUCAAUACUCGAAGUUACAACCACUGCCUAAGUUUGGUCACACGUCCCGUCUUCAGAUAACUCUCUGUACAUAGAGUUUUCAAUGGUUACCAAAUUUUCUUGAGAGCUUCCCCAACUUGAAAUCCCUCAGCUUGGUAUGCAUCGCCAAAAAUGUAUAUGAUGAUUACAUUAACGAAAUCAAUUUUUCAUCUUCAUCUGUGCCUGAGUGUUUGCUAUCGUCUCUCGAGUUUGUUGAAAUCAUAG